GGAUACAGUACUCUUACAGAGCUGAGAGUGAACGGAAUGCGCACUGACAUUGCUUAUUAUCUAGGUAUAUAAGCCUGUCGAAGAUGCGUGAUAUUCUUUGUCACUCUUUCGUUGUUCUUUGCUAGGUAGCGGAACCAAUAGUGUCAGGAGACUACUUUUGUUAUUCCGUCUCAGACUCGCCGAACAAGUCCUACACUAUGAUGCAAGAAACACCCAUUAAAAAGACCAAACCUUCUGUAUUGAAAUCAGGAGAGCUGCCAAUUGACAGUGUACCACUGACUGUCGCUGCAUCUGAGUAUACUCCCGAGCAGUACAGGAAACUUAAACGCAAGAUCGAUUGGCACCUUCUCCCACUAAUGUGGAUAUGUUACGGUCUUCACGCAGUGGACAUGUCGGUGUUAGGUACUAUGGCCAUAUUCGGUCUACGCGAGAUACCGGGCUUGUUGGACAACAAUAUUCAUGGCUUACAACAAUUUUCUUUCUCGUUUACAUGUGUUCCGAAUUUCCAUCCAAUAUAAUCCUUCAACGCUGGGGUAUGGGUAAGACUUUGUCAAUAUACGUGAUAUGUUGGGGGGUUGUCGUUUUGUGUACCGGUUUUGCCAAGAACUUCAAGCAUCUUAUCGCCUUACGUGCCCUACAAGGACUCUUUGAGUGUUGUCUCAUUCCGGGUUUUAUCUUAAUCAUCGGCGGCUGGUACACCCGGCGGGAACAGUCUUCGCGCAUAUUAGUAUUCCAGAGUGCCGGCUCAGGAUUCGGCGUCAUCGCCCUUUUGGCCCUCUACGGAAUUGGCACAAUCGGGAGUGAUGGUAAGGGUUCCCAACCGUGGAGGUACAUGUCCUAUCUCCUUGGCCCACUUACCGUGGCCAUUGGUGCUCUUUGUCUUUACGUCCUGGGAACUCCGUCCGACGUCCCUUGGUUGACGAAAGAGGAAAAACGGAUGGCUAAUACGAGGAUUCUGGAAAAUCAGAGCGGUCAUGAUAAGACAAGCACAAUAGAGUGGAAGUGGUAUCAGGUUCGGGAUUGUCUGGUAGAUCCAUGUUUUUAUUUUUCUGCUUUUAAUACCCUUCUGGUAGCAGUACCUGCCGGCGGUCUCACGGCGUUUGGGAGUAUCAUCAACGCAAGCUUUGGUUUCACACCGCUUCAAGUAAUUUUAUACAGUAUACCGCAGGAGAUAGUUUGUGUCGCCAGCUUAGUUAUCGCUGGAUUGGUGACGUCAAGGUGGAAAAACCUGCGGCUGUACAUUAUGGCAAUCACAACUAUCCCGGCCAUCGUCGGAUUUCUUUGUAUUGCUCUUAUCGAGACAAAAGAGUCAACAAAGUGGACAAAAUGGGGUAUGUAUUGCAUGCUUACGCCAGCCGUCCUUACUGCAAUCUUGGGAUGGACACUGAUUCCUGCCAACGUUCCCGGACACACCAAGCGAACAGUGACCUCUUCAUUCACUUUCGUUUGUGGCUGCGUCGGCAACAUGUGCGGAUCACAGAUAUUCAAGUCAAAAGAGGCGCCAACGUACACGUCUGGAGUUAUCGGAUGCAGCAUCUGCUUCGUGCUUGACUUGCUUGUCAUAGUCGCAUGGCGUGUAACUCUCGCUUUGAGGAACAGACACAGAGACAAGGUGAUGCGUACGGAUGGACUAACGGAAGAAGAACGAAAGACGCAGGGACAAAUUAACGGCGAGUCUGAUAUGACGGAUUUUGAGAACACACAUUUCCGAUAUACUAUGUAAAGGUUACGGUGCAUGAUAUAUAAUUUAUGUUAUUUUUCAUGGAUAUUUAAUGCAUAGAUUCUCAG